UCCCCUGACUCUAACCUGACAUAUGCAUCAUAAACACUUUUCCUCCUCCUGCUUCGGUGCCGCAGGAAAACACGCUCAUCGCUCCCUAUCACAACAUGGGUUGAAUGGAUAGAAGCCAAACUUUGGUUUCAGCUCUUGCUGUCUUUGUCAGACUUGAGGAUGACUGGCCAGGCGGCGGACAGAGACCGGUCACCUCACAACCUGUCAGUGAAGACAACCUUGGAGGAGGAGAUUGAGAGAUCUGAGAGUAUUCUAAGCAGGGUACCAUCCGUCUGGGAUGACACGACCUCUGAGCUGCAAAGAGUAGCUGCUCUGGACCCAAAUGAUUCAAGAAAUUCUUUUCAAAGAACUGGAGCCAUCUCCAGAUUGGUGAAUCUGGUGGUGAGACUGAGGGAGUGGGCACACAGGAGUCUGCUGGAGGAGGAAGAACGACCCGACUCUUUCCUGGAGCGCUUUCGUGGCCCUGAGCUGAAAACCGCCCCCAGUCGCAACAGCAACACGCAACCAGAUGUCAACGGCAACAAUGCCAAAGGGAUCUUUAGAAAAAGGUGGGCUUUCUUUGUGGUGUCCCCCUCUGAUGACAUUUACUACCGCUGGUUACUGGUCAUCAGCAUCACAGUGCUCUACAACUGGUUUGUUGUGGUUGCAAGGGCGUGCUUUGACGAACUCCAGGUGACAUUUUUCAUCUGGUGGCUGGUUCUGGACUACAUUUCUGAUACCGUGUACAUACUGGACACUAUUGUACGACUUCGCACAGGCUUCCUGGAACAAGGACUGCUGGUGAAGGACCACAUCAAGCUGAGAGACAGCUAUGUCCGAACGCUGCAGUUCAAGCUGGAUGUGGCCUCCAUCCUGCCCACGGACCUGGGCUACAUUGCCACUGGCAUUCACACCCCGCAGCUGCGCUUUAACCGCCUGCUCCACUUCCCACGCAUGUUUGAAUUCUUUGACCGCACAGAGACGCGCACCAACUACCCCAACAUCUUCCGCAUCUGCAAUUUGGUGCUUUACAUUCUAGUCAUCAUUCACUGGAACGCCUGCAUCUACUACGCUAUAUCCAAGUCUUUGGGAUUCGGCUCAGACACCUGGGUGUUCCCAAAUGCCUCCAGAACUGGAUUCACCACCUUAUCCGAGUCGUACGUCUACUGUCUUUACUGGUCGACUUUGACUCUCACCACCAUCGGGGAGAUGCCGCCGCCUGUGCGAGACGAAGAAUACCUUUUUGUGGUCUUUGAUUUCCUUGUUGGAGUUUUGAUCUUUGCAACUAUUGUUGGAAAUGUAGGCUCCAUGAUUUCCAACAUGAAUGCAACUCGUGCUGAGUUCCAAGCUCGCAUUGAUGCCAUAAAACACUACAUGCAUUUCCGCAAAGUCAGCAGAGAACUGGAGACACGCGUUAUUAAAUGGUUCGACUAUUUAUGGACCAACAAAAAGGCCGUAGAUGAACAGGAAGUGCUCAAGAAUUUGCCAAAUAAACUGCGGGCUGAGAUUGCGAUCAAUGUGCACCUGGAGACCCUGAAGAAAGUGCGAAUUUUUAAAGACUGUGAGGCUGGACUCCUGGUGGAGCUGGUUCUUAAACUGCGCCAGCAGGUUUUCAGUCCAGGAGACUACAUCUGCAGGAAGGGAGACAUUGGCAAGGAGAUGUACAUCAUCAAAGAGGGUAAGCUAGCUGUUGUGGCUGACGAUGGAGUCACACAGUAUGCCCUCCUCACCUCUGGCAGCUGCUUUGGGGAAAUCAGCAUUUUGAAUAUAAAAGGGAGUAAAAUGGGAAACCGUCGGACUGCAAACAUCCGCAGCCUGGGAUAUUCAGACCUCUUCUGCCUUUCUAAAGAUGACCUGAUGGAGGCAGUGAUAGAGUAUCCGGAUGCGAAGACGGUGCUGGAGGAGAGGGGCCGGGAGAUCCUUAAGAAGGAGGGUCUCCUGGAUGAGAACGCAGACAGCGGCGGGCUCCAGAAGGAGGACACGGAGGAGAAGGUGGAGAGGCUGGAGAUGUCUCUGGACACCCUUCAGACUCGCUUUGCCCGUCUGCUGAACGAUUACACACACACUCAACAGCGGCUUAAACAGCGCGUCACUCUGCUGGAGCAGCAGAUAAAUGAUUAUAGUGCAGAAACAAACACAGACGCUGACCCGGGUCCUGCAUCAAAUUGAUGUGCAAGCACCAGACCUAAAACUGCUUACCGAGGACUAAAGAAACACCCAUUCAAAUCCACCAUUUACAAAUAUGUGUCUUCAGAACAGGAAUGAGGUUCUUGCUGGAUGCCAAACAAAGUGCAUUGGAUGCGUGUUUAGAAAGAGCAAGCUGGAUAUUCCACUAAUGAAAAGUAAAAACAUGAAAAACUCCUUAAAUCAGUACAGAUGUCACUUUUGGUUAAAUAAAAGAUCCACUAUAUCACAGGUGCUCUGGAAUCGAUGGGUGACACAGUCAUUUGGGUUAUCUGUAAACAUGUUGGCUUCCGUCAGCAGAGGGAUUCAGAUCCCUGAACACGUGGCAUGUCCUGCUCUGGUUCUGUACACCAUCUCCUGCUGCUACUCUUGGGACAAUGAAAUCUCAGGUGUGAUGCAGGUGAUUUGUCUCCAGAGUUUUCCUCCUCCUAGUUAAACCUGCGUAAACCAGGUGACAACAAAAACAAAGAAGUGUUCCUAUUUUUUUGCUUUUCUGUUCAAGCCCUUCUGACAGUUUGGAUGUUUUAUGGCAGGAAAAAUGUUUUUUUCCUCAAAAAUUGAUUCUUUUUGAUUGGCAUUUUAUUCUUUACAAAGAAUGACAGUUUUCAAAGCCCCCAAAAGGUGUGAGUCCCAUUUUGAAUUUGGUUUUAAAUCGAGUCCUAUACAUCCCAAUUGGGGGGUUUGUUUCAUGUUUCUGCUCCUGAGUUUCUCCCAUUUUUUCUGUGUGAACUCACUCUAAAAUGGACUGGGGAUUUUCCAGUCAUUCCGCCUUUGCAUUCCAGGAUGCAACUCAAGCACAUGAGCUGGUUUGAUAAGAGCAGCUAUAACAAUGC